AUGGUGGUCUUUCCACCUUUAGCUCCGGUCCCCUCCCCCGCAGUGCGGCGGACGAUCCCCUCCAAAGAUUGGGAGGCAUGUCUAGACGCGUGGAUGGCCUUGCUGGGCUUCAGACUGAACUCAAAUGAUGCGCAGUUUGCAGAGGCCGCAGCAGAAGACCCCGCUGUUGUGCCAUUCUUGGAAUCAUUCUACCAACAGACCGCGGCUGGGGAUUCAGGGCUACAGUCAGGACCGAAAGCUCGAAAGCUCCGGAAGCUAUGCUUCUUGACAGCUCGGAGAUACAUGCUGCUAAAAGAUCCAUUGCCAGGAAUCCUGCAGUGGUCGCUUCUCGGAGACUUAUGUUGCUGCUAUCCGUCGAGUGCCGCCUUGCGGGCAUUAUUAUCGGAAACAUGGGACUUGCAUCACGAAAAGAUAUCCCUCAGCAUAGAAAAGGCUAAAUCACAGUUGAUCGGCCAGUUAGCCACCUCCGGUGGAAACUCGGAUAGCGAUCUCAUUUUUAAUAUUCGGCGAUUGACCAUUCUGGCCUCCACAUUGCCGCCGUGCGGUCAAGUUCUUAUGGCCGGCUCAGAUUACCUCGACACUUUAGCAGAAGCAUAUCAAUCUCCAAAGGAUAGAGAAGAGCUUCGCAAGAACCUCGUGGCCAACGUCUACGUCGGCCUGGUCUCAUUACUAAAAGGACCAGCUAACCUGUCCCUCCUGCUGGACCAAUUGUUCAGCCUCAAAUCUGCAGCUGGUUUGGGGACACCCCAAAUGAAGCACGAGGCCACAAUGCUUUCAGACCUUGUCUGUAGCUCCGAUAUUCUUGCCCGGCUGGAAAAAUACCUUGCAAGUCAUCCACAGAAACGAGCUGAGAAUCUACUGGCAAGUUUGCAUGCAUAUCAGAUGGACUCGAAGGAUCUGCACCGCCGAUAUCAACGACGUAAGAAAGCAGACAAGGGCAAGGGCCCAUCUUCCGGCCUUGAAAUUCCAGAAGAAAUCCACGCACAUAAGCUGUCCCUCAUCUCUCAAGUCCAAGACCUCUUCCCAGAUCUUGGCUCCGCCUUCGUUGUCCGGCUCCUGGAUGUCUACGGCGAUAAUCCAGAAACAGUCGUGGCCCAUCUUCUGGACGAUUCCCUUGCCCCAGAACUCCAAGCACCACGCCCAACCCCUCCAGACCUAACACCACCUCUGGAGCCCGUCCCUGUCCGGAGAAACGUCUUCGACACAGACGUCGACCUGGCCGAGCUCAGCUUAUCCGACAACGCAAAAGGAAAGAUCCGUUUCGGGCGCGCGAACCCAGAACUCACAGCCGACGAAGUCCUCGCCGACCGCAGCCAACACUCGACCAACAAAGCAGCGAUCCUGUCUGCGCUGGCAGCGUUCGACUCCGACGACGACGAGCGUGACGAUACCUACGACGAAGCUGACGUGGGCGGCACAGUCGACAGCGUAGCAGCCGGCACCGACGCCGAUGGGGACGCCGAGGCUCGCAACCGUGCUGCAGCAUCAGAAGCGGCUGAAAUGAGUCUCUUCCGUACAUACAAAUCCAAUGCGGCGCUCUUCGGCCGGGACUCGGCCACGCGCCGCUCGCAGCCGCGUGCGCAGCUCAAGCGGGAGACGAAUAUGACGGAUGAGGCAAUUGAAGGCUGGGCUGUUAUGCUCGCUCGGGAUCCUAAGCGUCUUGCCAGGCUUGAUAAGAAGCUUGCAGAUGACCUGGGUGGCGUCAGCGGUGGGCUGAACCAGCCUGAUCUCGAAGCUACGUCUUACCGGAAGCCGCGUGCAGGAGAGGAGGGUUCGGAGGACGAGUCUGCGCCUUCAGGCCGUGGGCCUGGUCAGAGGGGCCGUGGCCGUGGCUGGGGCCAUGGCCGUGGACGAGGUGCAGGUCGAGGUGGCAGUCAUCCGCAGACUGGAGAGCAGAGCAACACCGCUGCGAAUCGGAGGAAAGAGGAGAACAAGGCUAGUAGAGCAAACCAUAACCGGCGCCAGCAGCGGGCGAAAAAGAUUGCCCGGGGUGGUGGGCUGCCGGGGUAG